AUGGAGUCGAACGCGCUCAUGUGGUUCCGAAAGGGCCUUAGGAUCCACGACAACCCUGCGCUGGACCACGCGCGGAGGGGCGCGACGAGGAUCCUCUACCCGGUCUUCGUGCUCGACCCCCGGUACCUGGAGCGGGACUCCUCGGCCUUCUCCCCAGGAUCCGCCCGCUCCGGCCUCAACCGGAUCCAGUUCCUGCUCGAGAGCCUCGCCGAUCUGGACAAGAGCCUGCGCCGUCUAGGAUCCCGCCUGAUCGUGCUCCGCGGAGGGGACCCCGCUGACGUCGUUAUCCGCAUUCUCAGAGAGGUAAGAGCGGGAGGGGGAGGAGUGAUCUCUUCUCAUCGUGGCUGAUUUCUUUGGGAUUUCUAAGGUCUAUGAGUACUGAUUCGAUUCAAUUUCGUUCACGGAGUGGAACAUCGGGAAGCUAUGCUACGAAUUCGACACCGAGCCAUACGGACAGGCAAGGGAUGCUCGCGUCAAGGUUGGGGGAUCUUUGGUUCAUGCUCUCUAUCUUUUGUUCGGUUUCAACGGUGUUGCGGAUCCUUAGAAUGAGGCACUGUACAAUGCUUUGCACUGGCCUGCCGCCAAUUUGGUCGCAGGAUUUUGCGUCGGGCUCUGGAAUCGAGGUCUUUUCCCCCUUGAGUCACACGCUAUUCGAUCCGGCGCAUGUCAUCCAGAAGGUAAUCUCUAGGUUGCCUAUCUACCUCGAUACCUGCGGGAGGAGCCGGGGACUCUGUUUUCUUUGGGUUAUCUUUGCUGUGGCGUUGACUAAUCUUUAUACUUGCUUUUUUUAUUUCCUAUUUUCCUGGAAAGAACGGGGGAAAGCCGCCUCUGACGUACCAAUCAUUUGUAAAGCUUGCUGGACAACCUGCGCCUCCGAUUGGACAACCAUUUUCUAGCCUCCCUCCAGUCGGAGACGUCGGGGAAUGUGAAAACGUGGGAGUCCCGACGAUCCAGGAACUUGGAUACGGGAGCUUAGGGCAGGUUAGCCCGGGUCUCUUUUGUUUGUUAUUUUCCCGUUUUGUUCAUCCUCUUCUUUUUUUUCUGAGCAAGAACAUGUUUGGUUGAGGAAUUCUAGGUGGAAUUUUCUCCCUUUCGUGGAGGUGAAUCUGAGGCUCUGAAGAGGUUGAAUGAGUCCCUUGUUGAUAAGGUAUGCUGUCUAAAAUCUCUUCGUCCUACAAUAGCGGGUCUGCUACUUCAGUGUGCUAUGUUUUGCUAUAAUUUCUUGAGGAUUCUACUUCACCUGCCUCGGAUGAUCCUUUGCCGGCACUAUUGCAGCGUUCAUUUUUUAACCUUAAAGCCGAUGGAAAUGUUGUAGUUUCCAUGGUUGGUAUAACUUCCGUAGCUGCUGUUCUGUCUAUAGUAGCUAUGUUCCAACAUACUGAGACGGAAUUGUUCAUCCGUAGUCAUAUCUGGAUGGGUUUUGAACGGUAUGGUUCCUUCCUCGCUCUUGCGGUCUAUAGUUUGAAUAUAAAAUGGACGUCAUUGAGGAUAUCAGAGAAAAGAACAUUCUAGGAUCAAAGGGCCUGAAAGAUAGGAUGUUUCUGGAUUUGUUAAAUACACGGAACAUCAGAUAGAUCUUCUGAACAAAAUAGUAGAAAUGUUAUGUUCAGGGAAAUUAAUUCUCAUCGCUGCUUUAUGACUUGGAUGUUUGUCGGUGAUCAUAUUGAAUUUCAGAUAUUGGCACGAAAUUAAAUCUGACUACACUUUACAUAAUAUACCGGCUGAAAUCAGUUGGCAAAAUAUUUUUUUAGAAGGUUAGUGGCCAAUAAAUAUGGAUUCUUUGGGAUUAUACAUGCUUGAAAGAAAAUGGGAGAGUAAUUUUUCUGAGAAAUAUUUGUUUUCAUUUUAUUUAGAUUCCCUAAUCUCAUACUCUUGACAUUUUGCAAUUAUGAGUUUAGUUUGUUCUAUGAAACAUCUUAUCCAAAAGAUCUAUUUUUGCCUUGUCAUAGAGCUACAUGUUACUUCCAUCUUGUUGAUGGACAUUGUUGAUAUGAUUGCACUCUCUUAAAAAAAAUAUAUAUUGGUCCAACUAGAAUACAAGCAUUACAAACGGUUCAGAUGUUCGUUCUGUCUUUUCGCUCAACCUUUUUAAUUUGUUGGCCAUAUCUACUUUUUUCUCCCUCUAAUUAUGUUACAUACAAUUCUGUUGGUCGAUCAUGUUGGUUACUGAAGUAAGACACUUUCAGCGUUUAAGUUUUUAAUUAUUUAUGUGAAUAGCAUCAUUAUUGUUUAUUUUCUCAAUAAAGUCGCACACCUAGUACUGCUAGCUGUGGCCCUCAUGAUCGUGAAACCCAUGCAUCCAAAAGGGUUCGCGGUUACUCUAUUUUCAUACUAUGACAUGACUUUGGUUGUACCUCAUUGCAAUUUUGGUCAGAGGUGAACUCCAUCGUAUAGAUGCCAAGUGUUUUCUCGACAUGCAUGGACCAAAUAUCAGGACUUUAAGAAAAAUGCGUGUGUUACGGAACUAGAUUUUCUCUUUGAGAUGUUUUGUGAGGUUAUAACACCGAUUUAGUGAGAUUCAAUAAAAUGAGGGAGUAAUUCUGUAUGGGAAGUUUAAAUAUCAGAAUUUCAGAACCUGAGUAGGAAUGUGAUGGAUGCCUCACUGUUUAUACAUUAAAUGAUGUCAUGGUUCUCUAAGGACUUAUUACUCAACAGGCAUAGACUCUUAAUGAGAUUUGUGGUUUCAUAUCAGUCAUUUCUACCUUGCUUUCUAAUGCAGACUAGGAUCAUUAUGUGUGCAAAAAGAAAUAACGAAAAUACACGGCAUUGAAAUAUCGACAUUUUCAUAUCUGUGUUUACUUCAGAGUUGGUGGUGACUUUUUCCUACCAUUUUUGUGCGCAUGUAAUUUUUAAUUUUUUAUAAGUAUCUAUUAUCCUUUGAUACUGGAGACAGCAUCUGGUCUACAUAAGUUGAUCAUCAGUGCAUCUUUUCGGGCUCUAGAUAUCCAUGGAGAUAUUUUACUGAUGUCAAAUCUGAAUUGUUAAGAUUUGUUUUCGGCUACCACAGUAUUUGAUCUUUCUCAUUGUCUUCUGAUGGCAGUAUGAUCAUUCCUUUAUAUUCUCGUAAAGAAUAGGAUUCAUCACGCUAAUUUCCUUUUACUUUCACAGGAGUGGGUAGCAAACUUUGAAAAACCAAAGGGUGAUCCUUCAGCAUUCAUGAAACCAGCAACAACUGUUUUAUCUCCAUACCUGAAAGUAAUUUGUUAUUGUGGAAAAACCUGUUCUUUUGUAUACUUCUAUAUUAUGGUCACAAAAUGUUAAUAUCAAACAUUGAUUUACAUGUUUCCUUGUCAGUUUGGCUGUCUUUCUUCACGAUUGUUUUAUCAAAGCGUUCAAGAGAUCUAUACGAAUGUUAAAAGGCACACCUCACCACCUGUUUCACUAGUGGGACAAGUCAGUUUCAUCUUUGUCCGAUUUUUUUUCCGUUUUGUGUUACGUUGUUCUGAUUUCCAUAUCUUUGUCCUCAAUUGUUGACGAGAAGAGAACAUUAACAGUUGCUAUGGCGGGAGUUUUUCUAUACAGUGGCUUUUGGUACUCCCAAUUUUGACCAAAUGAGGGGAAAUGAGAUUUGCAAGCAGGUAUACAUUAUAAAUCAAAUUUACCUGGCUUUUUGCUGUUCUUUUUAUGAUCCCGGUAGGCACCUGGUUUCGUCUUGACUUCCAUUUCUCAUAUUGUGACAUUUCCCUUACUUGAUUCUUUUUAAUGAUCACUCAUAAGGGAGGGGGUUCUGUGUCCGGCCUGUCGUCUGUUUUUACCUCUUGCAUUAGGUCUAAGAGUCACGUUUAAUUAGUUAUUUGUCUGUCAAAAUUUGAGACAUGGCCGAUAGCUUUUACAUUCCAAGAAAUGAUUUAGCAUCUUGGUUGGUGGAGAGAAGACAUAUCUCUCUAAUCAAGAGGCUUUGACCUUUGUUCCUCUCUUCUUCAUCUGCAUUGCUUCCUUCAUUCUCCCUAUUUCUUUGCACCUUCUUCUUUAUCCUUCCCCAGCUUUCCCACAUUCUCCUUGUAUUAUUGGUCUCCUUUCAUGGGGUGUCGACAGAGAAAUAACUCAAAUAGAUUUGAGGAGAUGGCGCUCCAUAUGACAAUGCUUGCAUCUUUGUUCCUGACAUUGAAGCCAAAAAUUCUAUUUUACAAUUUUCGUCAUUUCAUUGAGGUCUUCCUGACUUACUAGCGUUGUCAUUUCAUCAUGAAACGUUAGAUUCCUUGGAGUGACGAUGAUAAACUACUAGCAUCCUGGAGAGAUGGCCAAACUGGGUUUCCUUGGAUUGAUGCCAUCAUGGUCCAGGUAUGAUCUUUUCCAAUAUUUUUUUGGAUAACGCUUUAUCAUGUAAUAUAUUUUAUGGUUUUCAUGAUCUUACAGCUCAAGCAAUGGGGGUGGAUGCAUCAUCUUGCUCGACAUUCAGUUGCAUGCUUUCUGACACGUGGAGAUUUGGUAUGAAUUGUGUCAAAUAGGAGAUUUGCUUUCUGAUGGAGCUUAUGACUUACCUAUCUAUGUUUCUGAAUUGAAUAGUCCUGCUUAACGUGGAGAUUUGCUUGAAGAUAACCUGCUGAACUUGACAAAUAAGAAAAAAAUGCAAUGAUUUGAUGUAAUUUUUUUCUACAUAUCUUAUUCUUUAGAUAUUGGCAGAAAAUAGAAGGUAGGGGGUUGCUUUAGGAAAUCCUUGCUACCCACUUUCUUGGCAACUACAUGGUUCUGUUGUGAAGUAAGAUUUAGUAUCUUGUAAGACGAAACUUGUAAUGCACGGUGUUGAAAUGGAGAAAAAACCUCGUCAUGAAGGACAGAGGGGAGAACGGCAGAAACCGCCUCAAGAUUCAUUCAACUUUAACCCCCAUUAUAUAAGGAGUAACAAUACACAACUUUUGCAAAAACACCCUCAACUGAUUACACUAUUUCCGUACGACCUAGAACUUCCAACACGCAGAAAUAGAUUCGUCAGCUAUUUAAUGCAGACGUUUGUACACUCUUUGUUCUCGGCAGAAAAACGAAACUAGUGCUGUCUUGAUUGCAGUUUAUUCAUUGGGAGAAGGGUCGAGACGUCUUUGAGAGACUCCUGAUAGAUUCUGACUGGGCCAUAAACAACGGUAAUUGGCUGUGGCUAUCUUGCUCGUCAUUCUUUUACCAGGUCAGCACACUUGGAUAACUUCUGUUACCUACAACUAUGUUCUUGGCCUCUUUCCGUGAUUUAUAAUUAACUGUGUACCUUAUGGCCCAUUAGUAUCAUCGUAUCUAUUCUCCUGUCACCUUUGGGAAGAAAUAUGAUCCUACGGGGAAGUUUAUUCGAUAUUUUCUCCCUGUGCUGAAAGGUAAGUACUCGUGGAUUCUUCUCAUCUUUAUGUGACGUUUGCAUGUUGUUCGGCUGAAUACCUGAUGCUUCUGAAAUCAUAGACAUGCCAAAGGAGUACAUAUAUGAACCCUGGACUGCACCUGCAAGUGUUCAAAGAAGAGCAAACUGCAUCAUUGGCAGAGAUUACCCAAGGCCAGGUGAGAAACUCCUCAGGAAAUGCAUAAUUUUUUUAAUUUAUAUUUAUCAGAUAACUCUAAGCUUUUAUGAACAAACAAGUGAUGCAUGAAAUUUAAUGUCGUUAUCGAUUAAAAUAUUUACUUGGAGGUUUUUGACUCACGUCUUAAAAAAAUGAAGUGAACGGACCAAGCUAUUUGCUAACUGAUGGUUUGUGUGGCAGAAUUUGACUAUGAGUGAGUCCAUAGUCAAAUAGGAACGUCUCCAUGAGCCCGUCUUUCUCCUUCUGUAGUAUUUUAUGCGCUUAAUGGUUCUAGUGAAUUUCUUUGACUGGGUAUAUAUAUCUGGAUCCAGCAUGAGGGGAGGGCAUCCGACAAAUUUUUGGAAAGACUGGGUAAAUAGAUAUAGAAGAUAAUAUUCUGGCAUGUGGGUAUCCUCUCAUAAGAAAUAGAUCUAAUCCUAGGCCUUGAAAAGUGUUAUGAAAUUAAAAUAUUUGUAGCUUUAUGCACCCUGUUUUUUCACUGUCUUUUAUCUAGUCGAGUGCUAGGUCUCUGUCACUCCAUUCAUUUUCCUUUGUUUUUUGGGAGGCUCAGUAGCACAGACACAACAACAAUUGCGUCUUUUGCACUCAAGGAACAUCUGUGUGACGCACAAAGAUAGUGCAGUCUGUGUCUUGUCAUAUGUCCACUGUUUAUCUAGAGACACACAAUGUCACUAAAUUUCAGGCUCUGUUUGUCAUGUUGCUUCAUCCUAACGUAGACUGGGUCAAGGCUUAUCUGCGUAUCAUGGAUGGUAAGAAAAAUCUUCUCUUUAUGGAAAGCCUCCUCAGACAUUAAAAAAAUUAAAAAACAUAAAUAUUUUGUGAUAUUUAAAGCUUCUCAGUGUACUAGUGUUCCUAAAAAGCAGCAAGCCAUGGCAGUAGCUGACGAACUACUGCGAUUUGAUUCACCCGAAGACUUCUUUCUCGUAUAUAUUAAUAGUUUUUAGGGGUCUUCUCAUCUGAGAAACACCAGUUCUGGCUGUGGUCCCAUGAACUGAUCAUGGGACGAGGGGGCGCAGGAUCUUCUCACUGUGACGGGCUUCACCUCUGUCUCUCGGCUAUUUCAGUGGUCUCCCACGAGUCUGCGAGCAAGCAUUGCCGACUGAAAAUGGGGGAGGCCUAUGCUCUGAACAGCGCGAGUCGCGGUCCGGUGGGCGGUGAGGAUCUGGAGAAGCUCCGCAGGAAAUUCGGAGAAGACGAUCCAGCUCCCGACCAGGGCCCGAGACUCAAACAGAAACGCCUGAGUUCGCCGCCGCCCUGA